AUGCUUCUGGCCACCCUACUGCUCGUCCCUGGGUAUAUCGCUCCGCUCGAGACAAUCCCGAUCAAUGUCUCAGAUGAAUGUCUCACCAGUGGCUGCGGGGAUACCCGAGCCUUCAGCUUCAAGGCUCCCUCUGAAGUGAACCUGGAUGAACAAGAGCUGAACAGUACAAUCAGUGAGAUACUGGCCAACGAAAACUUUACCACCAUCAAUAUCUAUGCACAGCAGCAUAUCAAUGCGAACCUACAUGCUCUUCUCUCCGAAAUCACACUUGGUCCCAAGGAGGUCAUCUAUGUACCAACGUUGUUUCCGCAAUACGAGCAAUAA